UUCAGAACAAAAAAAGAUAAUGAAAAAGAAGAUUGCUGUCCAACCCAAACCCUUAGUCAGUGUAGUGGCACUCUUUGCAUGUUCUACCGAUUUAGCCAGUUGAUGUAUGUGCUGAAGCCCCUGGCAGCAGGCUAUUUCAGCAUGGGUGAUAGUUAUGAUGAAGAUCUGUUAGUUAAUCCUUUUUACAAAUCAUUAAUUACUAAAGGGAAAACAUUUUUCGAUUAUGCCUCAUCAAAUAGAUAUACAAUAUGUAUACCGAGGAAGGGAACAAUCACAUCAUCUGAUCAUAGUAUAGAUCAAUUUCAAAACCAUAUACUGAAACCAAUCAAUGAAACAAUUUAUCAAACUCUCAAUAACAAGCAUGCUAAAAUUAAUGGUUCAUUUAUUAUCACAACUAAAGGAUUUGGUUGUGUUAAAUCGGUUGAAAUACUAUUUGAAGAGACCUUUUUUAAUAAAAACAAAGAAAGUUAUCAUGUUCUUUGUAUUGACCAACCAUUUGAAGGAGGAAACUUGAUAACUCUACCAGUUUUUAAACGAUUAGAAACUCUUAAAAACUGUUAUGAUUUUUUGUGGCCCAGCCAUUUAAAACAUAAAAGAAGCAUAGCACAGGUUAAUCAAAUUAUUACUUUGUUCAAUGAAUCAUAUACUCGUCUUGAGUCAGAAUCUAUGCGGCACUCAAUGGAUGCUGCAAAUACUGUUUUCACACGAGCAAUGCAGAUUUGUUUAAAGCAAUCUUAUCUGCGUAAACCAGCUUCAAGUAAUCGAGCAUUUAUGGAAAAUGUCAAACUAGCAGUUGAGACUUAUGUUAUGGAUGGGUUGUAUAAGCGAAUUUUCAAAGGAAUUAGUGUAAUUAUGGCAGAUGAAGAUGCAUCAUUCAAUAAAAUAACUAGAAAUCUAUCUGAAUUACAAGUCAAAGAUCUUGACAUUAAACCUAUUUUAUGUAAAAACAUUCCUAAAGUAAAGAAUACAUUGUCGGAUCUAAUUAGGCUUACCACGCCCUUAGAAAAGUUAUGCACUUUAAAAAUUAUGAUUACAACAUUGUCUGGUUCAUCUAAUUCAGUAAGCGACAAAUCAGAUCUUAUUACAGCCGAUGAUCUCCUUCCUGCUUUAGUGUUUGUUGUUGUGAAAUCUGAUGUUCCCAAUUGGUUAGCUAACCUAAGUUACAUGAAAAAUUUUCAUUUUUCACAAUCCAAAAAUGAUGAAUUUCAGUUUUAUUUGUCGUCUGUUGAAGCAGCUAUUGAACACAUAAGAAGUGGACAGCUGGAUAAUGUUGUGUCCAUGACGCAAGCCCAAAGGCUGAUUGUGGUUGAUAGUCUUUUUCAAAGAAUGGAUUCCGCUGAUAAAUACACGCCCAUAUCUCCCGUAGACAACUUUUUUGAACUUAUAAGAGCAGGAAAUCUGAGUGCAGUUUUAAAGUUAAUUAAUGAUAACACUCUGACAAUGCAAGAAAUUAAAGAAUUAAUGUGUCACCCAUUAUGUUCUUGUGAUUCAUGUGAGAAGAUGAUUUUGAAUAUGCGCAGAGAUCCAGCUGCAGUCACUGUUUUUUCUCGAGAUGCUUUGGGCUGUACUGCACUUCAUCAAGCAGCUGAAUUCGGUUGUGUGGACAUUCUUUAUGAGCUCAUUAAAAAAGGAGCAAUUAUAAAUGCUACUAACUACCACGGUUCCACUCCAUUACAUUAUGCUUGUCAGCGCGGCCAUCAUAAAGCAGCAGUAAUUUUGUCUCAUUAUGGUGCUGAUAUAAAUGCUGCAGAUAAUGAGGGGAAUACUCCACUUCAUCUUGCUGUUUCUCAUGGACAUGUGGUGUGUGCUGAAUAUUUAUGCUCUCAAGAAUGUGAAAGCAGAUCAAAGAGUAAGCCUAAUUUAGACGCUGUCAAUGAGAAUAAAGAGACACCAUUACAUAUCGCCAGUAGAUGGGGCUUUAGCAAUUUGGUGUAUCUGCUUGUUAUAAAUGGAGCUUCAUUGACAAUUUUGAACAAGGAAAAUCAAACACCUAAAGACUGUGCUCUCAAUACAAAAAUAUUAGAUUUGUUUUUGCAAGCCACUUCUGAGAUUGGUAAAGAAGAACUGUCUGUGAAUGGUCUUGAAUCUUCAAAUAAGCAAAACAGUAAAGAAUUAAUUGAAGGCAAAAUAUCGCCGACAAAGUUUUUAUUAAAUCAAGCUUUUGUUCCUUCAAAUUCAUCUAAACAAAGUGUUGAGUUUUCUCAGCUUUUAAAAGCAGUAGCUGAUGGUAAUUCUGUACUGGUGAGAGAAAAACUUGGUUUGUUAAAUGAAAGUUGCAAUCUAGAAGAUCCAGAUAAUGGUUUUGUUGAUGAAUCUUUAUGCCAUCCUUUGUGCCAAUGUAACAAUUGUCUUACAGUGCAGAAAAAGCUAGUAAAUAUGGCCACAGUUUUAAAUGCAAAUAUGACUAAUGCUGAAGGCAUCACACUUUUACAUGUUGCUGCACUUCGUGGUCAUGAGGUCAUUGUAAAACUACUUUUAAGGGAAGCUGAAGCUAAUCCAAAUGUUUUUACACUUUCUAACAAACGGACUCCUUUACAUUUCGCAUGUCAAUACAAUAACAUUGAGUGUGUUAACCUGCUUUUGAAAAAAGGAGCUAAAACUAAUGUGAAAGAUGUAAAUGGAAACACUCCUCUACAUUUUUGUUGCACUAAUGGACAUGUUGAGUCUGCCAUUCUUCUUUUACAGAAAGGUGCUGAUGUCAGAAUUAUUAAUAAACGUGGAAACACUCCUUUACAUAAUGCUUGCAGAUGGAACUAUGUAGAUCUUGUUCAACUACUUUUACAUUAUGGUGCACCUGUUAAUGUCUACAACAAACUUCAUAUCUUACCAAUUAAUUAUUCUGAGGACAAAGCAAUACAUACAGCAAUAAAUGAAGUGACAUUAAAACAAAAUACUAAAAAUAAAGAAAAUUCAGACAAAGCUGAAAAGCCAAAAAAAAUUCUUCACAUUGAAGGGUUAAACACUAACGUAAUCACAAACAAUAAUCACACAAAUAAAUUGUUUCCUGAAAAAGAUAACACAUGCCCAUCAAACACAGAUACACAGAUAACACAAGAUAACACAUCAAACAGUUCUACUGCAAAAAAUAAAAGCAACUGCACUCUGCAUUCAGAAUGGUAUGCUACAAAUAACAUAGAAACAUUACAGAAUGCAUCAAAUUCUAUAGAGGCUUGGUUCAAUAGUUUAGAAACAGAAAAUGUUAAAAAACUAAAAUUAAUGUCACAUGAAAUCAUUAACUUUAAUAAGCAACAAAGCCUGCGUCAUGUAUCAACUUCUGAAAAAAAAUAUUCAAACUUUAUGAAAAAUGGGAGCCUAACAAAUGUUGCGCUGGAAUCAGAUAUUCAUCAAUCUUAUUCCAGAUCGAAUGAGCAUUUCAAAGUUUUAAUUGAUGGCUCAAUAAACAAUGAAUUAAAUUACGAAGAACCACUUCAAAAUUUAAAUAGAUCUUAUCAUCCAGUUGAACCAGUAAAAACACUAGAUAAUAAUUUAGCUAUGUACCAUAUUUCUUUAAAAGAUGAUGCUACAAAUGAAAAAAAGGAAAAUUUACUAAUACAAACCAACCAAUCAAAUAGUAAUACAAAUCAACCAAUUGAAUAGUUAUAAACAAAUUUAAUACUUGAAAAAUAAUAGUUAAAUCUUCCAUAAGUUAAAAAUAAAAGAGAGUUAUUAGAAAAAGAUUUUCUUCUCAAUAAAACUUAAUACUAAAGGAUAGUUUAUUUAUUUGUAAAUGUUUUGUCAAGUUUUUAAAAAAUAUCAAAAAAAAGAAAAAUCAAAAUGUUUGAUAUCUGAUCAUUAUUUGUGCUUGUGGGUUUAUGUUUGGUAUAUAUAUGUUCGAUGUUUUUAUUUUUGGUUUUGAUGCUGAAUAUUUUCCUUGAUUCAUUAAGCUUAGUUUUAAUAUGAAACACGGCUGGAAUAAAUCAAUGCUGGGAUCAUCAUUACAGAUGGCACUCAAGUGCAUUAUUGUAAUAGGCAGCAUCGAAUUUACCAGAGCAAUUCAGCAACAUUAUCUAAAAAAAAACGCAUCUUGGUAUAAGAAUUAAUAGGUUCCUAAUUUUCUCAAUUAAAAUGAAAAAAAUCUCUUUAAAAUUAUUUUGACAAAAAAAAUGUUUU